GUGAUUUUUCGAAAGGAAAAUCAAUUUGUUGUGCAGUAAAUUUGAAUAAAUUCGCAUAUUUUCCUUACCAUUGGCUUGUAAAUGAUUGGUUUCCUGUCUCAACAUGGAGAAUAAAUCUGAGCAUCAUCAGCAGCAAAAUUCAGUAACAUUGCUACCGCCUCCGCCGCCACCACCGGAUAUGCUACUUGGCAGUGGUCCUCCUAAUUGGCCACCCGGUCUUGGUGGCCCUUCGCUAAUGGGUGCACCGGGUGGUCCACCACCUUCCCUAAUGGGUCCACCCCCGACAUCACUGAUGGGUCCCCCUCCUUCGGGUGGUGCACCAGGGAUAUUAGAGGACCCGAAUAGGAACCCACCUCCACUGAUGUCGCUCAAUGUCGGUAAUCCGGAACAAGAGCAGGAAAACAAGAAACCUUCCGAGUUGAUACUGCCGAAAGCAUUGGAGGAUGUGUUGGCACUGAAGACGCUUCGCGCUAAGGAAUUGGGUGCCGAAGAGGUGUUGGCAACUACGGGAGCCGUGGUUAUCCCGGCUCCGAUGGCUCCACCUCCACCAGCAGGAGUGAUGAGCUCGUACCUGGACAUGGAUGGAGAUUCCGAUGAUGACAACAUGGAUAGUUUGGCUCCACCGCCGCCAGUUAUCUCGAAGGCGGAAGGUCGACUGGAUCGGAACCGAAGGCGCAAGCAACGUAAGAAGGAAAACAGAAAGGCCCGCAGGGAACAGCAAGUAUUGUUCCAGCUCCAGAAGGGUAAAGAGGUAAGUACGAAUGAAGUUGUCAACAAGGAGCGUGAGGUCGAGAAAGGGAAGAGCUUGGAGAAGAAAGAGAAGAAAGCGGAAGCGGUGGAUAAGAAAGAUAAGGACGAGGAGGGAGCAGAGAAAGAGAAUGGAAAAAAUGAAGACGAGGUGGACGAAGCUGACAAAAACAAAGACAAGAAAAGUGAGAAAAACAAGGACGAUAAAGCAAAGGGUAAAACCAAAAGCAGAGAGAGUAAGAAGAACAGAGAGAAGAGCGUUACUUUGAUAGAAGAUGAGCUGGAGAACGUCGAAAUAGAGUACAUUCCGGAGAAGGUUACCAUUGCGGAUCUGGCCCCGAUGUACCGUCAGUUCUACAGAGUAUUCGAGAUAUUCAAACUAGAGACAAAGCCGAAGGAACCGACUAAAACAGAAAUAGCUGAAAACGAGAAGGCCGCUGCGGCCAAGAAAUCUAGCGAAAAAGACGACGACGAUGAUGACGAUGAUGAUGCCAUGGAUGAGGAUCAAAAGGACGACAAGGAAAGGAUUUCCAAAAGAAAGAUGAAGAAACUGACGCGAUUGAGUGUGGCUGAGCUGAAGCAACUGGUAGCCAGACCGGACGUUGUCGAGAUGCAUGACGUUACGGCACGGGAUCCAAAGCUGUUGAUUCAGCUGAAAUCGCAUCGUAACACGGUGCAGGUUCCGAGACAUUGGUGCUUUAAGAGGAAGUAUCUCCAGGGGAAGCGAGGUAUCGAGAAGCCACCGUUCGAGCUACCGGCAUUCAUCAAAAAGACAGGUAUUAUGGAAAUGAGAGCAUCUUUGCAGGAGAAAGAUGAGUCCAAAACUCUGAAGGCGAAGAUGCGAGAACGUGCAAGACCCAAAAUGGGCAAGAUCGAUAUUGACUACCAGAAGCUUCAUGAUGCAUUUUUCAAGUGGCAAACCAAGCCACGCAUGACGAUCCACGGAGAUCUGUACUACGAGGGGAAAGAGUUCGAAACCCGUUUGAAGGAGAAAAAACCGGGAGAUUUAUCGGAGGAGCUCAGGGUGGCUCUGGGAAUGCCAAUUGGACCGGCUUGCCACAAGAUUCCUCCGCCAUGGUUGAUUGCCCAGCAGCGUUAUGGUCCACCGCCAAGCUACCCGAACCUGAGGAUCCCCGGUCUAAACGCACCCAUUCCGGAGGGUUGCUCUUUCGGUUACCACGCUGGAGGUUGGGGUAAGCCACCGGUCGAUGAAAAUGGCAAACCACUGUACGGAGAUGUGUUCGGCAUGAGUGCCAGUGAAAAUGAGAACGGUCUCGGCGAAGAGGAAGUCGAUCGUACCCAGUGGGGCGAACUGGAAUCGGAGUCGGAAGAAUCAUCCGAAGAGGAGGAAGACGACGGCGAAGAUUUGGGUGCACCACCAGAUGAAAGUGGUCUCAUCACUCCGGCCGAGGGAUUGGUCACACCGUCUGGUCUUACGAGUGGCGUCCCUGCUGGUAUGGAAACACCGGACACAAUCGAACUGCGCAAAAAGAAAAUCGAGAGCGAAAUGGAGGACAAUGAAACACCGGUGCUGUAUCAGGUUUUACCGGAAAAGCGUACCGAUAGGAUUGGAGCUUCUAUGAUGGGAUCCACCCAUGUGUACGAUCUGGCUGGAGCGGCAGCAGCCGCCGCUGCCGCUGCUGGUGGAUCACGUGCUGCCCGUGGAGGAGCAGUCGAUCGGGAGGGUAUGGUAGAACUGGCACUGGAUCCGUCCGAGUUGGACAUGGACAACGAAGCAAUGGCCCAGCGGUACGAACAACAGAUGCGAGAGCAGCAAAGCCAUCUGCAGAAGGAGGACCUUUCCGACAUGUUGGCGGAGCACGUGGCCAGACAAAAAUCCAAGCGGAAACGACAACAAACGGAUACCACCAGCAAGCAGACCAAGAAGUACAAGGAAUUCAAGUUCUAGGCUGGUGUGGUGGCAUCUGGCAAUUUCUAAAGGUAAGAAACUGUCAACUAAUAUUCCCCAUUUAAUAUUGCUAUAAAUAGUAUACAAUAAUAAUAAAAGCCCAGGCAUA